AUGAUGAACAGAGUUUUUCAUGAUGUCCUUGACAGGUUCAUAGUGGUGUUUAUUGAUGAUAUCCUAGUUUACUCCAAGACUUUAGAAGAACUUGCCGAGCACUUGAGAUUUGCGUUACAAAGAUUAAGAGAGAAACAACUAUAUGCCAAAUUUUCAAAAUGUGAGUUUUGGUUAUAUCGGGUUACCUUUUUGGAUCAUGUGAUCUCUAAAGACUGUGUAUCAGUGGAUCCUAGUAAAGUAGAGGCGGUGCUCGAGUGGCAGAGGCCAAAGAUAGUCAAAGAGGUUAGAAGUUUUAUGGGCUUAGUAGGAUAUUAUAGGAAGUUCGUGGAAAGCUUUGGAAAGAUAGCUAGACCACUUACAGCUCUUACCAAGAAAGAAGUACCAUUUCAAUGGACAGAAGCAUGUGAGCAAAGCUUUCAGGAGUUGAAGAAAAGAUUAACUACAGCUCCAAUUCUUACAUUGCCAGAAGUAGGCAUUGAUUAUGAUAUUUUCAUUGAUGCCUCCCACAAUGGUUUGGGAGUAGUGUUGAUGCAGCAAAGGAAAGUCAUUGCUUAUGCCUCCAGAUAG